GAUAGAUCUUCUGUAUCUCAUUGAAGGAUUUACAGUGCAAGAUCGCAAUUCUUUGGAUUUGAUGCAAGGAGCUAAAUAUAGCCGGCAGGGAUGCGAGUUUUGGUUUUUACUCUUCGCUAAGGCGGCAGGUAUCUAGAAAAUUUUGAUACUGGAACUGGAUAAGUAUGACAAAUUUCACGCGAACCAGACGUCCUGGAAGUUCGAGUAGCGUGUUUUCAGUAAGAGCGAGUUUCCUGAAUCAGCAGUAAAGCUUGAAUAGUGUGGCUCUCCGAUGCGCCCGUUUCGAACUGAAUAGAUGUUUUCUGAAUCAAUCCCAAGGCACACCCUGAGUACUUCUUCCAUAAGCCGCUUGCACAGAUAGAAAGCAGAGUGAAACAUGUUGUAUAGAGUUUUGCCCAGAGCUGCAAAAAUUGUUGCAAAGAUCUAAUGAGUAUGAAACGGUUUACGCUGCUCCAAAUUUUCUGAAUUUUGUGGGCUGCAGAAAAAAAAAGAGACUCAUUGGGCCGUGAUCAGAGGAAGUUCUGCUAAUCUAAACCCAAAUGUGUUCACGUACAUACGUGAGAGAAGCAACUACAGAGUCACUAUGUAGUGAUCUUGAUCAUAGCCACGGGUGGCGGCUUUUCUUCACUUUUGACUGUCACGAAGAUUUUCAAAUAACUCUAGUACAGGUCGUCCGUGGCUAGUGGGAAGAUAGUGUUGCAGCGCAUCAAAAUUACGGGAAUUUAGUUUUUUUAUAUCAGUCUUGAAAAUCAUCAUGCAUUCGAACUGAGUAAAAUGGCGAAAGGUAUUGCAUCUUGCUCCCCUCCACUGGAGAGUGCAACCUUGUCUGGUGAUGAUUUGGUGCAACAAGCGGGCUCUGACGACUUGCUGUACUAUCUCCGGUUCGAUGCUAGCAGUUAUCCAUUUCACUCAUUGAUGAGUGAGAUUUGUUAUGAUCCUGUAGCUGUAAGUGGAGCGGCGCGUCCUGUUCAAUCGAAAGCAACUGGAGACGACACCACUAGUUGUGUCUCUUCAACAUUUUCACCUGAUGAUGCGUCGACUUGCAUUACGCCUUGGACAGUUCCAAGUGUGGGCUUGGAAAGUUUGCAUUUACGUGUCUCGUCGCUGCUGUCUCACGAGUUGCAUACGCUACCGCCCUUUCUAGCACGCGCCGUGGAGAUCCUUGAGCAACCGGAAAGGGAAGACAAACGAGCUGCAAACGCUAAGGAGCAACGGUCUGGCAGCAAAAAUAGGCAGCACAAAGUCCGUCGACAGCAAAGCAACAAGCAGAACAAGCUGUGGGAACAGAAUCCGCUUUGGCGGAAAUUUCGAGGCUUGUACAGUGACUUCGUUUCGAAAUGGGUGGCCCCGCAGUUUUCGCAGUCAUCGCACAAGAUGCCGCCGGAGAUAUUAUCAGGAUGCAGGUCACAAGCAUGCGGGUCAACGAAUGGAGAAAGAGAUGAAGGGAAAAAUCCUGUAGAACAUCAUGCUCAUGGUCACGGUCAAUUAGGAAGAAUGACAGCUCUACUAACCCAGGAACAGCCAGUGCUUCGAGUAGUCUUCCCGCACAGCACAACGGCACCGUCACGGCCCCAUCGGGAUCUCGACUACGGGCAUCUCCCGCAAGAGGUGAACUAUUGGGUUCCACUGUCGCAGCUGUCGUCAAAGAAUUCGCUGUACUGCGAGUCUCUGCCUGGUGCCGGAGAUUAUGCGCCUUUCAAUGGUGGAGUCGGCGACUGCGUCAAAUUCUGGGGCAUGGGCCUGCACCACUAUGCACACGUCGACAGAACAAAGAGCCCGGUUGGUCAACGACAUCAUACUGCUACAGAUCCUGUUGUAGGAGACUGCCAAGAAAAUGAGGACUCGAGCACACGGGUGAGCUUUGAUUUUCGAGUUUUACCGGUGUUUCAUCAUGCAGAGGAUGUUUGUUGUACUUUGAGCACUGAGGAACGUUUUCAGCUGGAUCAACGAGCGACGGAAUUCCGACAACUCGUCGACCUCGUGGAUUUCGUGGGAAACGUCUUUCGCCAAAGUAGUGCCUGUUAUAUAGCUUCGCAUGAGCCUGAAGAAAAAACGCCUUCACUAACAUCUUCUAGUAUGGCAGAAAUCCAUAAGAUAGCAUCAGCACAACUUUCCAUGGAUCGGCUUGCUUUUGUUGCCAAGAAGACAAAUGCAGCGUUGUCUUAUCUGAUUGAGAAUUACGCUGAAAUAAUGUCAAGAAAACGUGUAAAACUUGCAGAAAAUCAACACGGUUUGUUUCGUUGUGCAUAUGUAUCCAACAAAUACACUCAUAAUUCGAAACAGCUACAAGAGAAUUGACGUCUAUGCUUGCAAACCCGUUGUACAGCUGUUAUGAUUUGUACAGCAUCAGUACCUCAUAAUGGUGUUAGCGAUAUUUCAGCCAACCUUGACGAAACCCUAACCCCAUUUCACAUGUUCAAGGGUCACUCCUCAGUUGUUCAUAAUAA